ACGGACGGAUUCGCGUUCAAGUCGCUACGGAAAAGCUUUUAUACCUGUAGUCGUUUCACUGACUACGCCUCUAGCACUAGCUACGGGGAAAGGAAAAACUGUGUUACAUGGAGUGGUAAAGAAUGUCGUGUUUAUGUGAUGCUAUUUUUAUCCCGGAUUAAAGUGCAAGUGCUGUGUUUUUUUUAAGUGAUGAUAUGACUUGGAGUUUUGGAAUUGAACAUAUCAAACGCCAUCAUGCUGCCUACAAAUGUGAUGUCGUUUAUGAAAAAGAUGGUGGCGGCAGACGAAACAUCAAAUGGUGUUCCGGGGCAAAUAGACAGUCCUACGACAUUUGGGAAGCUACGGCAAACACUGUCUUCCUCACUUCUGACAGCGCAAGAUAAAGUAACAAAACUGGGACCACGACCCGUGGUGACAGAGGCGAGCGUUGAACCUGCGCCGACCCCUCCGCCGGCCCAGCCUCCGCCUUUAUCGCAAACUGCGAAGACUGAACGUGAAGCGGGUAAAGCACCAUCCCGGGCAGGAGCCUGUAGAGUGUGCCUGAAAGCUCUUAAGCCGGGUGAGGUGUUUCACAUUUGUAAUGGGUGUCAGCACAGAGUCUGUGAGGAUUGCUCCUCGUACUCGAAGCCAGCCAGCGAAGAGGAGUCGAGUUCAUGGCGAUGUUCAGUAUGUCGGCGAAAAGCCGCGCCGCGUUUACCACCAGCGGCACAAGACAGUACGGAUUCCUUACUGGAUGUGCCAGUGCUAGAGGCGUUACAACGAAGACAUUCAGAAGCUCGCCUGGGCAGUGGAGGCAGCAGUACUGGCCUGGCUCCACCACGAUCACCAGAACUGCGGCGACAUUCAGAUGUAUCACCCGCUUCCCUUAAAGAAUUGGAAAAGUUGAAGGGAGGCGGCAGCACCACGCCCAUGGUGGAGUCCCGGCGUCCAAGCACAGUGACUCCAACUCGUCGCCGGUCGAUUCGAGCACCCCGUCAGCACUCCUGCGAUGAAGACCAACAACCUCCGCAUCAGCCAGCCUUGGCUGCUCCACCUCCAAUGUCACGAAGGGCGUCAGCAGUAGAUGUAGUUGGAGCAGGGUCACGUCGCGGUUCAUACCGCACUGAUGUUGAGCCAAGCGACACGCCGCAGAUCUCAGGACUCAGUGUGGACGAAGAAAGGCCGAUUAGACGACGAGGCAGUCAGUUACCCGACAUAGCCGCCUUACAACAGCGUACCGGAGCCCUAAGUGCAAUGGCAGCAUUGGCGUCACGAACAUCUGAUUCUGCCGAGUCCCUGGUGACGUCAUCUGCGGCUGCCGCCGCUGCUGCCGCGGCUGCUGCUGCGAGACAAAUGUCCGUCGACGCUGAAGCCAUUAAAAUAGUGAUACAUGAUGUUGAUGAUCGUACUCCACGGAGAGUAACAUUGCGACGUGACCCCAACGAUAAAGGACAUAGAUCGCGUGGUUUUGGUAUGCGCGUGGUAGGAGGCAAGCCAGAUGUAAGCGGUCGGCGCGAAGCCGUCAUUGUGUGGACGGUGCCUGGGGGACCAGCUGAUCUGGCGGGACUACAGCAGGGAGAUAAGGUUCUAGAAUGGUGCGGGGUCUCCCUAACAGAGCGUAGUUUUGAGGAAGUAUGCGCUGUAUUAGAGCGAGGGGGGGACUCGGUAGAAUUGUUGGUGGAACCUGCUCAUCAGAUUGAGGAACCGCCUACACCAGCAGCCUUGCCUCCACAUCAUCACGCGCUUUAUGAGCCCGAAACGGACAAAUCGCCGUCGUCGCCGACCCGACGGAAAUUGCCGAAAACCCCGGAACAGGAGAGAGCCGAGCGGGCAAGAGAGCGGCCACCUGCGCGUGCUCAACUCCAAGUCUGGUUCGAGUGUGACUUACGCAAGCUCAUCAUACUCUUAAUCGCGGCUGAUGAUCUGCCUCCACGUGACCACACCUUAGGCUAUGGAGAUGAACCGGAAGCGUUCGCCAGGAUACGGCUUUUGCCGUCGCUGGAGAGUUGUCCACCAGUAGAGACAGACCCAGCAUCCGCAUCUUGCAGUCCCGUGUGGAACGCUACACUUGGAUUCGGUGGGCUCACAGCAGACUUACUGGCAGGACGAGCACUGGAACUCACUUUGUGGGACGCGUGUCCGGGAAUAGAUCCUGUCCUUAUUGCCGAAUGUACCAUGGACCUAGAAAAAGCGUUUGCUGAAGAACGUGCCGUAUGGUGGACACUGGAGGAACGCGGGUCUCGUUCUGCCAAUGCAUCUCCAAGGUCUUCCCUUUCGGGAGCAAGGGCUUUGCGUCGCGGGGACUUCGCUUCACAACGCUCUGUGUCAGAUGAUGUAGAUUCUAUUGGCGAAUGUGCGUCACUGCUGCACCCAGAUCACGCGUGGGUGGCGGGAUCUCGUCGUGGCUCCUCUCAAUCUGAAACUCUAGAGGUGGAAGUGUACCAACUGGGAAAAGACUUCUCUCGAUCCUUGCCUGGUUCCCGUCGAUCCUCCUUCCAACAACAAGAUAAAGAUGGCGUGAGUGAUGGUAGCCCAGUGUGCAUCUCUCGUCGUGAGCGGCGUCGGUCGUCGUGUGUGCGACGCGACCCCGACGACAUUCUGCGCUCCCUUCGCGCCGUCAAGGGUGAGCUCGGGCGAACGCUUUCGCUGUCUGGCUCCACUGCACGACGCACGGCCACGGGUCGCAAAGGCAGCAUGUGGGCGGCGGUGCCGGCGGCGGCAGCAUCGGCAGCCUGCGAGGUGCCCGAUGAAGAUGACGUGCCGCUGGGCCCUGGGCAGAUGCCACCACGAAACGCCCACUUACCGCCAUUGCACGCCGAGAUCAACAUCAGCAUCAUCAUGAUCAAGGGACAACUGGAGCUUGAGGUAUCGCACGCACGUCGCGUGUACGGUGUAAACGGUGAGGUUCCAGAUUCGUACGUCAAAUGUUACCUCCGAGAUGGAGACAAAUGGCUGCAUAAACGCAAGACACGAGUCAUCCGUCGAACAACUGAGCCACACUUCAAGCAAACACUCAAAUAUCAGGCAAACGAAUCGCUUGGUCGUAUUCUGGUAGUAAUGUUGUGGCAACGUUGCGGAGGUUUCGAGCACAAUCUGGCUCUGGGGGGAGCUGAGAUUUGUCUUGAUAAGUUAACUCUGCCCCAACGCACGUACGGCUGGUACCCUCUGUUCCCGGCCACCUCGCUCGCGGCCGACGAGUUUCCCGACUGAUCCAGAGAGCCGUCGCCGGAACGUAAGGACGACUAGUUCUAAGUCCCGACAGCGACGGCUAAGCUUCAGAUCAGUCUCACGAUUUGUCUGACGACUUACCCGAUUAGUCCCUAGUAAUGAUGUGCUGAUGCUGUACCGAGUAGCUAUUGAGUCCGCGAUAUGUCCUUAACAAUUCCUUCACAACUUGUAUUUCUCUGUCCCCGAUGCGAUCCUACUGAUCAUAAUUGAAGGAGCUUAAAGUUUUGCUUUAGUGCAAGGUUUAAUAUUGUCUUGAUCGAUGCAAAAAAUCGAAAAACGUAUCUCUUUAAGAACGAAUUCGAUGUUUGCCUUGAUAUAUAUUUAGGUACGAUUUGUAGAAGUUUUAUAUGUUGUAUAGUAGCUUCUAAUAUGUGAUUCUAUAUUUAAUAUUCUCGUGUUUACAAUAUUUAUUCAUGAACAAGUCUUUCAGCUGGUAAUUGUUAUAUCUGUUUAUGUUAUAUUUCUCUUAAUGUGUAGCAUUUAAUAAUUUUAUGUGAUAACCCCAACUUCGACACUUUGCCUUAUACUAUUAAUAAUAUAUAUCUUAAGUGAAACCUAGUUAGUAAGAACAUCUAGGUACUAUUCUUCCAAGGUUGUGCUUUAGUGAAUUUUCCCUACUAAUCUAACAUUCUUAGAUAUCAUCGUGUCAAAAUAAACUGUAAAUAUUACUUAUUUUCCAAAAUUUUCUACGCACAACUACUUUCGUGAUAACACAAAAUCGGCCUUUUAUACUAUCUAGGGAAAUACAAUCAUUUCAUAGGAUUUACUCAUCUUCGUCAUGUCAAGUACCGACUCGAUAUGGUAUACCAUUAGACGUGACUCUUCACUUAGAAUAUGUGUUAAAAAGUAAGUUUAUUAAAGUAAGAAAACGUAGUUCAAAUGUACUUGGCUCAUUACCCCAAAUCGCGCAUAUGCGCCAGGCCUAGUUUUAUUUAUUGUAGCGAUUGAUAAUAAAAUAUUUUAAAUCGAUGUUAGUCAAAUCAAAUCUUUGUGUAUUAAUAAUGAUAAUGUACGUUUUAUAUAAAUAUAUGAAAUGCCCACUCCGUGUUCUUCCAAACAAUGCUUAGAGACUAGCUUGACAAUAUUUUCUGUGCCCUACUAGAUACCUACUUUAACUAUUCGCUACUUUAUGUCGAACCCUGACCUUAUACUUAUUCAACAAUAAUAUAACGACUUAGAUGUAAUUUCUUAUAAACUUGCCUUCGUAGAGAAAUUAUUAAAUCUCUAACAAGUAAGCUCACAUACACGUAAAGGAUUCAAUAUUUUGUUUGCUAUAUAUUUUAUGAACUUAUUAUAGGUGCAAAUAAAUGUAUGUAUAUUGUCUAUCAAGUAUCAUAUCCAAACUACGAAAGAAAAUGUAUGUAUAGAUGAAAAUUGUGAAAAUAGCAAUAUAGCAAACUUUAACCACUCAUCAGAACAAUAAUAUCUACAUAUCUUGGUAAAAAUCCAUCAUUUUUUUGAGAAUUAUAUUACAAAGAAUUAUAUUACAAUUGAAUAUAGAUUUUAUAACGACAACCGAAAGAGAGAGAUAUUUUAAGAUACAACAUUAAUGAGAUUUUACCCCAAUAAUAUUAUGUAUUUCUUUAAUUUAUUAAAUGCUGUUGUAAAAUAUAUUUAUCAUUAUAUUAUUAAAUUUAAAAAAAACCUAUAUAGAUGUUAAAUCGAUCAAAUUCUAAUGAACGUUAGAAUCGGUCAAAUCAUUUACGCUUACUAUUUUAAUAUUUUAGUGUAACGAAUAAUCUAUAUAAGAUAAUGUAAUAAAUAUUUAGUAAUAGUGCCUCCUAUAAAAUUCAUUGCCACUUUCCCCAAAGAAUCCUGACUACAUAUCUAUAGUAAACCGAUUGUGUACCUGUGACAUAUUGAUGUGAUACAAAUAUCAUAUUUUCGAAUCAGAGCUCUUCAUAUAGUCUAAUAUUUACAAAUAAAUUUUCUUACCUAUCUUUUCUUUAAAGUAAUUUGAUGUGAGGUUUUCGUUGUGAAUACUCUAUCGAACUUACCUAUAUGACAUUUAAAAUCAGCAGCAAGAUGUGAAUAUUCUAUAUGUAUUCUGUAUUCUGCCUUCUUAGUAUUUUGAAUGGCUAUAAUACAAUAUUUCAUUAGUUACACUGAUAACUUUUAUUAAUAUUG